AUGGGGUGUCAUAGAGUGAGUCAAAUUCGGCGGGUUGGUGGCACUGGUGCGCCGCCUGUAGGUGAGGCAGAGAAACGUGAGUGUAAACAAAGAGAGCGUGAGGCCGACGAAACACGUAUUACCUCCCUAAUACGAACGUAUAACGCUGAGCACCCAACCAUACAAGCAUUCUGGCAGGUUCUCCGAGGAUUUGAUGAAACUCAAAAACGACAACUUCUCAAAUUUGUUACCAGUUGUUCUCAUCCUCCUCUUCUGGGGUUUAAGGAGUUACAACCAGCCUUUUGUAUCCAGCCUUCUGGAUCUGAGGAUCGCCUUCCUACUGCCUCCACAUGUAUGAAUCUUCUCAAGCUUCCUGAAUAUAAAAGUGAACGUACACUGAGGGACAAGCUUCUUUAUGCUAUAACUUCUGGCUCAGGUUUCGAGCUCUCUUAGGAGUCAUGCAUAAUUUUUUUUUAAUUAUAAAAUAAUAUAUGAAGCCUCAUGAACAUCCAUUAUGCAUGUGUGUGUGUAAACAA